CAAAUAUUUCUGGUGGCGUGUGAGCGUUAUAUGUAUAUGAAACAGACAUUUUCAACGAUUAUCUACCAGUAGACCGGGCCAUCUUUGGCGGGUAAAGUAGAACCACAUAGCAGAUCGAAAAGUCUCACUUUCUUGUUCAACGUCUUCCUCGUUUUCCUUCUUCUUUCAGACACCUUCUGCGGCAUCACUCGUUGUUCUUGUUCCUUAUGUUAUUUGGUUUGUAAUGAGUUCUAAAGAGCUUCGAGCCUAGCUAAUAAUCUAGUUAGCCGGAGUCAAGAGAGUAUAUUUAUUACUAUUCUCUCCAGUCAGCUUCAUUAUUCUUCAUCACCAGGACUCAAUAUGGGGAAGCAUAUGAAAAGCGAAAGUUCGAGUCCAAGACAUGGAUAUAAUCACAAAUCAGGCUGGUUAGCUGGAAUGCUUCAUGUGUUUGACUUUCACCGUUGGAGAACUAAGAACCGUCCAAUCUGUUGGAAGACUCCACGAACCCAUUCCCUUGUGUAUGAAACUGAUGAACAUGAACCUUUUCUUGAUUCUAAGAACGGACACUCAAAGAUUGUUAGUGCAGAAAAGCCAACGAGACAAUUGACGAAGAUGAUGACAACAAAGCAAGUAACUGAGUAUAUUGAUUUUCUUGAAAUCCUGAGGAAAGAAGAUGUUUCUGUCAAGAUACUGAAAGAUCCAAACUCGGAGUUUAGGAAGCAAGUGCAUAUCAAGUCUAGUCCAAGAGUCUUGCCCAAGUCAGGCUCCUUUCCUCUCUCUCGCUCUUCACGUCCCGCUAGAAUCGAGCACAAGCUGAAGGAGAAUUGGUAUGCUCCAAAACAGAAGGAUACCGUCUUAACUUUAACUGUUCCAAGCGAGAGUUAUCAAGAACACAAACCAACCUUACCUUCUUCUCAUGGCUCAGCUGAUGAGCAUGGAUUCAACCAUGCGGUGAUAAAUGGAUUUAGAGAAAUCAAGAAGAUGCUCAAGAACGCUCUUAAAGACCGAAAACAAACCAAGAAAAAUAAGAAGUAUUCAGCAGGCUCAAAAGAUGAUUCUGUGGGGAGAUAUCAUCUCUUGGAACAGAGUUUUGGAAGAAAAAGUGGUGACUUGCGUUCCAAGAGCUUAAAACUUUCAUACGAAGAGAAGAAGAGCCAACUGACAGAUGGUAAUAAACCACAAUUCUUCAGAAGGGUUUCUUCAUUGUCCAGCCUUGAAGUUCUUGGUUCGUUUCUGACCGAACCGCCCCGAGAUAGUUCUACUAGGAAAUCUGUAGACCUAGAUACUAGCUUGGGAGCCAAGAAAUCUCUAUCGUUGUCCGAAUCACCACUAAUAACAGAAAAAGAAAAGGAGCAAGAAGAAAGAAGCCAAGAAAAUCAAGUAAGCCUACAACAAGGUCCAGAUUCAGCUCCAAGUUCUUUGGACAAAACUGCACAAGGAACAGAGACUUUACUCUCACAAGGUUUAGGUCUAAGUUCCCUCGAGAGUUACAACCAUGAAGAAGAAGAAGAUGGAGACGCCAACUUCUGUUACGUAAAGAAAGUUCUACAACUUUCAGGUUUUCUUGAAAACGUUUACCACGGAGAAAAAUGGUACUCAGAGGAACAACCACUGAACCCAUCACUGCUCUACGAAGUCGACAUGAAAGAAGAAGAAGUGAGCAAAGAGCUUCUCUUUGAUUUGGUUAACGAAGCAAUAGCUGAGACACACAACCAAUCACACAUCUAUUUCCCUAAAACAUUCACUUUUUCCUAUCCAAAUGAGAAACGUUUUCUUGAUGAGGUAUGGGGAAGAGUAGAGUGGAGCCUCUCAGGGUUAGGAGCUGGGAAUAGAGAUCGCUCAUUGGACGAUAUUGUGGGAAGAGAUCUUACAAAAGGUGAUGGAUGGAUGAAUCUUAGAGGUGAAACCGAAUGGUUGACUCUUGAGAUAGAAGAUCUGAUUUUUGAUGAAGUUUUAGAUGAAAUGAUUUGUGUUUAUUAGUACUUACAUAUGUUGUAAUAAUAUUUAGUAGUUAUACAUACAUACAUGUACAUAUAUGGUUGAGUUGUAAUAUAUUAUGAGAUGUGCAACUGACUUUGAGAUGAUCUUUAGUAAUGGUCAACGCAAGCUAUUGUCUUCACUAUUUUAUUCUUUCAAUUCAUGGGUUUUAUAAUUCGUAUUAAUGGGCCGAGCCCAUUAAGUUAAAACCUUGACUUCGGUCUAGUUUGUUACGUAAACGAGGCGGGCACGUAGGAAGUAUGUAAUGAAUAAUGGAUUCGAGAUGGAUCAAAGAGCCAAUUAAAAGUGAAUGCACUAGUUCAUGACCCUGAAGGGGCAAGAAGAAGCUAACGUCGAGGCCCUGCUGUUUUGUAAUGUCCCUAUCUACGAUAAUGUGUUUAUUCCUUUCUUUUUACUUUAUGAGAAGUAGCGUAGGUCGUGGAUUCGAAAGAAGCUUAGACAGAGACUCAACCUAAACAAGAUUGUGUGGUUCUUGAUUAGUCUUUUGGUGCUCCUCAAUAUGACUCAAAACUUUUACAUUUUCUUCUGGCUACAAAAUUUAAACUGUUUCUAACUCUAUCUACUAUAUGAGCUUUACGUGAAUCACGUGCCACACGAGUCACGUCCAUCUUCAAAAUUAUGCUAUUCUACAUGAUAUCACGUUGACUUAAAACCACAUGGAGAUUUCAAAAUAGAGGAUAAUGUUUCUUAGUAAACAAUUUUCCCGCACGCAUAAGAUAUAAGAAGAAAGGAUGUUGCACCUCCCCUAAAUAUAAUAUAGCUUGUGUAUACACACAUACAUAUCUAUAAGGAGCACAACUUGGAGCAACUUGUUUGACAUAGUCUAAUACUCUAAUUAGAUAAAUACUUUUUGACAAAAGAAAACUAGUUAUAUAGUCAAUGAAACUAGACGUGCUGAUCGAUUUUUUUAUAGAAUAGUCUUAUUAGAUAAUGUUAACAUCUAUAUAGUUAUUUUUUUAGGGCGACUUUUUCGUAUUCCCUAAUAAUUUGUCGGUCUCCAUCUAUUCUUGCUGAAACUCAAAUAAAACAUUAGCUUUUAAAGCCACUACAUGUCCAACAAAUGUUUAUUUAUAUAAUUAUUAAAGAUUUUUUAACUGAAAAUAGAUUUCGUUUAGUCACUAUAGAAAAAAGAUUUACAAGGAAUCUUUAACAUUGUGUAAGUAGAUUUGGUUAGGGAUGAAUCUUCGUAGGACGACUCAUAUGAUGUAGUUAGGCGUAGAUUUUCAUAAGACAAGUAGUAUUAUCAGUUGUCGAAUCGUUUAUGUAAUUUUUUUCAUAAAAUGUAAUGUCCUAAUAAAUCAACGUUAAAAAAAAAAUUUGAUGAUGUUUCGGUUGAAAUACUCUUUGUGAUAACUUUUUCAAAAGCAAUUAUUUUGAUUGUUGACCAAAUAAGCAUUAAUUAUGCUGACUUUGUCUAUACACGAAAUGACACGUGUAUGGUGGAGACAAUAUUCGAAUCUUUCUCGUCUUCUAUAAAUGCAGACAAUUCCCUUUGUUCAAGUCACAGCACAAAGAAGAAGAAACAAAAAUUACAACUAUUUUAAAUCAAAGAGAAGUAAGAGAAGAAAUGGCAGGUUCUAACUGUGGAUGUGGUUCCGCUUGCAAAUGUGGUGACUCUUGCAGUUGCGAGAAGAACUACAACACGGAGUGUGACAACUGCAGCUGCGGGUCAAACUGUAGCUGUGGAGACAACUGCAGCUGUUGAAGGAAAACCACAUGCAUGCAGGAAAACUGGGAGAAAUAUGUGUUUGAUGUUAAGAUACGUGUGUGUGUUUGAAUAAAGAUUUGGGUUUUAUGUUGCCUAAUACCUCUCUUAACGUUUGACUUUUCCUGCUUUAUAUCUUUAUACGUGUGGUGUGUAAUGUUUUCAUUUGUAACCUAAUUAAGAAAAAAAGAACGAAAAUAUCUAUUGACUUUUGGGAGUAUUAA